CUCUGGGACGAAUCGUCGACGGAUCGUCAGAUUGUCAUCACUCGUUAAUUAACGGCAAGCAAUUGACACCGCUGCAAAGUGGAAUGCCAGGUCGCAGCGGCGAUGCAGACCGCGAAUGAAGACUGAUUACCCUUCAUCGAUGAAUCCUCGACUCGUACAAAUCGUUGAAUAAUCAUCAACACUCACUAAUUUCGCAGAUUCGAAUUGUAUUUUAAAUUUGUCCGUAAUCGAGGUUUAAUCGGUCGAUCAUAAACAAAGGUCGUUCACGAUUAUCGAUAUAUCGAUACUCGUGAACAACCUUUGUUUAUGAUCGGCGCUCACGGUGAGUUUUUUUUUCAAAUAUCGUGGAACAUCAAAACGUUCGCUGAGAGAGUUAGAAAUGGACGUUACAGCUUUGUCGAAGUUUGUGUGAUCCGUCGUGUGCUCUUUUUUGAAGCCGGUGCAAUCGAUUGAGCCACGAGUCUCCUCGGAGGAGCCUCCUCGGAAGUCGGAACGACUCGGUGUCUGAAUAAACAUAACCUAACGAUGAGCAACAAGGCUAACGGCAGUGGUAAAUGUGAGAUAGAUCCUGUACAGGAACAAUUGGCUGGCAGAGUACGAGAGGUUGGUAAUUACGCGAUCUGGAGCCUGUCCAGUUGCAAACCGGGCUUUGGUGUGGAUCAGCUGCGUGACGAUAUUACAGAAACGUACUGGCAGUCGGAUGGGCAGCUACCGCAUCUAGUAAAUAUUCAGUUCAAGCGAAAGACAACUAUCCGCGACAUAUGUAUCUAUACAGAUUACAAGCUAGAUGAGAGUUACACUCCUAACAGGAUAAGCAUUAGAGCUGGCACAAAUUUCAAUGAUCUUCAAGAAGUAGAAGUAAUGGAUUUAAAUGAACCAAGUGGUUGGGUAGUCAUUCCUAUUAAAAACAUCAAUGACCGCCCUAUCAGGACAUUCAUGAUACAGAUAGCGGUUAUCAGCAAUCAUCAAAACGGCAGGGACACUCAUAUGAGACAGAUCAAGGUCCAUAGCCCUGCUCAAGAUAUCCUUGGUCCACCAGCACCUUACAUCCCGGGACAAUUUCUCACCAAUGAAUUUUUACGCUACGCUACUAUUAGAUAAGAUUUAUAAAUUAUAUGCUCGUUGACCAAUAAAAUUUUCAUAUUUAUUUGACGAGAGA